AUGGACACCAAAAUAGGAUCCAUCGACGCGUGUAAACCCACAAAUGGCGACGUCGGAAGUCCACCAAACGGCACCGUCGCAACAAUCCACGACACUUUUCCCGCCACCGCAAUCUCCGUCGGUUCAUCCGAAGCCACUCUCGGUCGUCACUUAGCUCGUCGUCUCGUCCAAGCCGGAGUCACCGAUGUCUUCUCCGUUCCCGGAGAUUUCAACCUAACUCUCCUCGACCAUCUCAUCGCCGAGCCAGAGCUCAAAAACAUCGGUUGCUGUAACGAGCUUAACGCCGGUUACGCCGCCGAUGGUUACGCUAGAUCUCGUGGAGUCGGUGCUUGCGUCGUGACAUUCACCGUCGGUGGUUUAAGCGUUUUAAACGCAAUCGCUGGUGCGUAUAGCGAGAAUCUUCCGGUUAUCUGUAUCGUCGGAGGUCCAAACUCUAACGAUUUCGGUACUAAUCGCAUUCUUCAUCACACAAUCGGAUUACCUGAUUUCAGCCAAGAGCUUCGUUGUUUCCAGACUGUUACUUGUUAUCAGGCGGUGGUGAAUAAUUUGGAGGAUGCUCAUGAAGAAAUUGAUAAGGCAAUAUCAACAGCUUUGAAAGAAAGCAAGCCUGUGUAUAUUAGCAUAAGCUGCAAUUUAGCUGCAAUUCCUCAUCAUACCUUUGCUCGUGAUCCAGUUCCAUUCUCUCUAGCUCCAAGAUUUAGCAACAAGAUGGGUCUUGAUGCUGCGGUUGAUGCAGCGUUGGAGUUUCUGAACAAGGCAGUGAAGCCAAUCAUGGUUGGUGGUGUGAAACUGCGUGUAGCUAAAGCGAGUGAUGCGUUUCUUGAGCUAGCUGAUGCUUCAGGUUACCCCGUGGCGGUGAUGCCAUCUGCAAAAGGCUUAGUCCCAGAGAACCAUCCUCAUUUCAUUGGGACUUAUUGGGGAGCAGUGAGUACUCCGUUCUGUUCCGAGAUUGUCGAAUCCGCGGAUGCGUACAUCUUUGCAGGUCCAAUCUUUAACGAUUACAGUUCCGUUGGUUACUCUCUUCUCCUCAAGAAAGAAAAAGCCAUCGUUGUGCAUCCUGAUCGUGUCACUGUGGCUAAUGGUCCUACUUUUGGUUGCGUUCUCAUGAGUGAGUUCUUAAGCGAAUUGGCUAAGAGAGUGAAGCGUAACGAGACUGCUUAUGAGAAUUACCAUAGGAUCUUUGUCCCUGAAGGUAAACCAUUGAAAUGCAAACAAAUAGAGCCUUUGAGAGUCAAUGCUAUGUUCCAACACAUUCAGAAGAUGAUCUCUAGCGAAACCGCAGUGAUUGCUGAAACCGGUGAUUCUUGGUUUAAUUGUCAGAAACUUAAGCUACCAAAAGGAUGUGGGUACGAGUUUCAGAUGCAGUAUGGAUCGAUCGGUUGGUCUGUUGGUGCGACUUUGGGAUACGCACAGGCCACACCAGAGAAGCGAGUGUUGGCAUUCAUCGGAGACGGGAGUUUCCAAGUGACGGCUCAGGACAUAUCGACUAUGAUUCGUAAUGGUCAGAAAACGAUCAUCUUCCUGAUUAACAAUGGUGGCUACACAAUUGAAGUCGAGAUUCAUGAUGGUCCAUACAAUGUGAUCAAGAACUGGAACUACACUGGUCUUGUUGAUGCUAUUCAUAACGGUGAAGGCAAUUGCUGGACUACAAAGGUGAGAUACGAGGAGGAGUUAGUGGAAGCGAUUAAGACAGCUACAACGGAGAAAAAAGAUUGUCUGUGUUUCAUUGAAGUGAUUGUUCACAAAGAUGAUACGAGCAAAGAGUUGCUUGAGUGGGGCUCACGCGUUGCAGCUGCUAAUGGUCGUCCACCAAAUCCUCAGUAA